CUCCUCAGGGCGGCCGCGGGCUCCGCACGGCCUCGCCCGGCCUCGGGGAGGUGCCGCUGACCAGCGAGCGGUACCGCGUGCGGCGCCUGCCCUUCUCCCGCCUCAGCCCCCGGGACGUGGCGUUCUUCGAGCGCCUGAUGCCGGGCAGAGCCGUCACGGACCCGGAGGAGUUGGAACCGUUUAACGUGGACUGGCUGAAGUCGGUCCGAGGCUGUAGCAAGCUGUUGCUGAAGCCGCAGACAGCAGCGGAGGUGUCUCAGGUUCUCAGGUACUGCUCUGAGAGGAACCUGGCAGUGAACCCGCAGGGGGGUAACACGGGCCUUGUCGGGGGCAGCGUUCCUGUCUUCGAUGAGAUCAUUCUCUCCACUGUUCUCAUGAGCCGGAUCAUCAGCUUUGACACCGUGUCUGGAAUCCUUGUGUGCCAAGCUGGCUGCAUCUUAGAGAAACUCAACGAGUACUUGGAGGAGCGGGGGUUUAUCAUGCCUCUUGACUUGGGAGCGAAAGGUAGCUGCCACAUCGGUGGUAACGUGGCCACAAAUGCUGGAGGCUUGCGGCUCCUGAGAUACGGCUCCCUCCGAGGGACCGUGCUAGGACUGGAAGUGGUGCUGGCAGAUGGCACAGUCCUGGACUGCUUGGCAUCUCUGCGCAAAGACAACACUGGCUACGAUUUGAAGCAGCUUUUCAUCGGAUCUGAGGGGACCUUGGGAGUUAUCACGGCUGUCUCCAUACUCUGCCCUCAGAAACCGAAGGCUGUGAAUCUGGCAUUCCUAGGGUGUCAGAAUUUCUCUCAGGUUCUGGAAACCUUUACAACCUGCAGAGCCAUGCUGGGAGAGAUCCUGUCUGCCUAUGAGUUCAUGGAUGAGAAGUGCAUGGAAUUGGUUGAGAAACAUCUCAAGCUAUCCUGCCCAGUAAGAGACAGCCAUUUUUAUGUUUUAAUUGAAACUUCGGGCUCUAACUCAACCCACGAUGAAGAAAAAUUGAACAGCUUCCUAGAACAGGCCAUGACUUCUGGAUUAGUCACUGAUGGAACUGUGGCAACAGAUGAUAAGAAGAUAAAGAUGCUGUGGAGCCUCCGGGAGAGGAUCACAGAGGCUCUCACUCACGACGGCUGUGUUUACAAAUACGACAUCUCCCUGCCUGUGGGGAAGCUGUAUGAUCUCGUGACUGACAUGAGGGCUCGGCUGGGCCAGAGUGCCAAAAAUGUGGUGGGCUACGGCCACUUGGGAGAUGGAAACUUGCACUUGAACAUCACAGCAGAAUCCUACAGCCAUUCCCUGCUGGAUGCCAUUGAACCAUUUGUGUAUGAGUGGACUGCAAGAUACAAUGGCAGUAUCAGUGCAGAGCACGGAUUGGGCUUCAAGAAAAAGCAGUUCAUUCAGUAUAGCAAACCCAGCGAGGCAGUCUUUUUAAUGCAGCGCUUCAAAGCCAUGUUAGACCCCAAAGGGAUCCUCAAUCCAUACAAGACACUGCCUUCCAGCUCCUGAAGCAACAUGUUCUGAGAAGCAAGCAGGUGCCAUCACGAGAGGACGACAUCUGUAGCUCGAUAACUGUCCUUUAACACCAAACUGAGGGAUCAAGCAAGCAUGUAGAAUGCUCCUCGGCUUAUUUUCUUAGUGUGAUGGAACAAGUAAAGGAAUGUGGUUCCUCUUUUCAGGGGUGUCUGCUCUUUCUGAAGAAGAGCACAUUACGGGUUUUCGCUGUGUAGGCUUUCUGUUUAAUCUGAACACUGAAACAAAGCGUACAGAUUUUUUUUUUAAUCUUACCUGCUUUUUCUACCGUGGGUAUGAUGUUUAGCGUUGGUAGUAGAACACUUACUCCUUACAUCUCUCAAGCUCUGGUGAUCGCUGUUUUUCUUUCCUUUCUGUUUCGUUUACUGCAUGCAUUCUGCAGUCAAACAGUGAGAUUAGCAAAGAUCUUUGACUUUCUCCAUCAUCUGUGUAAUAUCCUUGUUGAGGUAAAACUGUGCAAUUAGAAGUCAGACCUUGUAAAUCCUGUAGCAAGCACUACUUUUCAGAAGGGAGGGACCUUUGGAGUUUUAUAUUGCCUUUAUCUGAAAUGACCUGCCAAAUUAUGAUAGUAGAAUUGUUUGUUAAAAAUAGAACAUUUACCACCCUUCUCGCUUACCUGUCUUGGUGAGGUUGGUAGGGUGGAAUCAGGGUUCACGGCAUGUGGCUAGCACCAGAGCCAGCUGGUAGCAGCAGUGCCCUUGCCAGUGUGCAGCAUUUGGGGGUUCCUUACAGCAUGAGACCUGCAUGCACAUGGGGCUGAACAUCAAGAGGCCGGCCUUCUGCUUGUGGUGGGGCUUCAGAUCCCACUCUGCCAACCGCUGCCCUGACGCUGUAAGAGCACUGCAGUAUUUUGUUACAUUUUAUGUAUGUGACUGCGGCAUACCAACAUCAAAAGUAUUACAAAUCUGAGUCCACAGAGAUAUGAGGAGGAUUUUAUCAGUGAUGUUUUGGGACCACAGCAGGUAAGGACUAACCAGCCAGACACAUACAUCCUUCCUGCAUGUGGUUUCUGUUUCUGAGGUCCUCCACCAAAUUUGACUUGUAUGAGUUCAUCUGGACAGCUCUUUCCAGCCCCUGGGUUCUGCCCUUAGCCUUAUCUUGGAUUUUGCCAAGGUUGUAUUGGAGCAUUAUGGGUUGGAACAGGCAAGCACUGGGAGCAGUGCUUAACAACAUAGCUGUAGCAGACAUGACCGUUGUCUUUGUGGGGAGGACUCUUAGAUACCUGACAAGUGCUGUUCACAUCAUUACGCCACAAAAGGCAGGAGUCAGAAGUGGCAUGACGUGCAAAAUGACCAUGCAGGGGCAGAGCUGUGCGGGCUGUAGAUCUGGCCAUGGGAGUGCAUUCUGUUGUUUGACUUAGUACAAUGCAAUCUCCCCUGUUUCAGGACAAACAGCUUUAAACCUUACACAGAAUCAGUAAAAACUAUUACUACUUACAUAGAAGCAGUAAAAACUAUUCAUCAGGAUUUUUGACUGUGAUUACUCAUGUUACUGUGAAUGUCUUUGAACUAUCGUAACUUAAAAAUUGAUGUUAAUACUGUCUCUAAGGAGUACUCUUCUAAUAAAGAUUUCUUAACAUUUUGAAGCUCUUAGCAUUAUGUUAGAAUUGUAAUGAAACUGAGUUUUGAUCCUCUUUUAAUAAAAGUAACAAUUCAAAAGACACUUAAACAAAAAAAAAAGCCAUACGUUCAUUCUGUGGGCUGUGAUAGUGUGUUUUCAGUUCUUGUGUAUGUACAGUAAAUAUAAAUUAUUAUAAUUUGAUCAAAAUCAG